AUGGCGACCACGAGCAGGGCCGUCUUGCUGGCCUCCGCUGCAGGCUUGGCGGCGGGCCUCCGGGUCAGUACGCACGCGAACGAGAUCAUCGAGGCCGCACUCGCCAGGCUCGAGGGGAUGUGGCCCGAGACGGGGAAGGAGAUGCUGGAGGAUGUCUUCAGCAGCAACCCGCCUCGCGACGAGGGCAGAGCCUUGCAGCAGAGGUUGCUGCAGAAGUUCAGGGACCACAGUGCUUUCGUCUUCGCCGCCUUCGGCUCUUCGGUGUCCGCCGGCCACGACAACUUCAUGAAUCAGAGCUGGCCUUUCGAGCUCGAGCGCCUCCUGAAGCCCACAUUCACGGAGCUCGGGUUCGAUUUCGAGAUGCGCCAGCGUUCUGCCGGCGGCUACGGAGAAAUGCCCUUUGGCGCUGGGUGCCUCGCCAGCCGCGCGGGCGAAGGGGUGGACGCAUUGACUUGGGAAUGGCACAUGUUCAACGACGCUCCUUGCGAAGGCCACCACUUCCUUAGCGAGGCGGCCGCCAUGGAAAGCAGCCCGAUGGUCUUCGCGUUCGCCGACACCAGCAUCCCUUUCAAGGCAGCCCUCAGGGCGUCGAAUGGGGAGCGCACGUGCAAUGACGUCCGGUCUGAGGCGCGCGAGGAUAUGUUGAGAAACCACGAUGGUACGUUUGAAUUUCCCGCGCGUAAAUGGAAGCCGAACGAGUGGUACCUCAGCGAGGACUUCGUUUCCAACGCAGAAGUCGAAAAGUACAGUAACGAGUUGGAGUACAUGCACUGCAAGGGCACCGACGCGAAUCCACGAUUCGGCCCAUCGGGGGUGCAUCUGCAGCGGACAGGUGUGGCAGCGCCGUUCGAGCAGGCUGGCCAUGCUUUCUACCCGGUAUCCAUAGGAGAUGCCACGAAGCGCGUCGUCAACCUCCCUUGGUACCAAGCUCGGGAGAAAGCGUUCAAUGUGAACUGGCAUCCAGGACCCUUGGGUCACACCCUCAUCGCCUCGUCCAUGGCGCACUUCUUCCUCACCAACCUCAAGGGCGCUCUUGCUCCCGAAGUUGGGAGGCUGAAGGGGCCCUCGGCGGACAACCCCCUGGUCGGGAAGCCCGUCCUUGCUCCCUCGGAUGCUGCGCCGCAGUGUGGCAGCCUUCGCUCCAAGCAGUGCAGGACCGGGAUGCUCCCCACAGCCGAAGGGACUGGCCUUGCGGGGUCCAGGGACCCCGAUUCGGACGACACCUGGGAGUUCUUGACCUCCAAGCAGGCUGCGGAGCACGGGACGAAGGCUGUGGACAGUCGCAUGGUCUACAGAGGUACGAAGAACUCUGGGGAGUUGAAGCUCAAUUUCAAAGCACCCAGCGACGGCAUGUAUGUGAUCCUCUGCGGAGCCCCGUGCGGCUGGACUUGCAGCGGAAAGGCCGGCUACGUGUCGUCGAAAUCGCAGCGCUGGUGGCCCGAUAAGGCUCCUGCCCGCCAGAACGUGAGUGACCUGACGUUCACUAUCGACGGCAGAGGGAUCUCGGGCGAGGAGCUGCAUGACCUGCACGAUGAGAUCUUCCACGAGAAUGCUGGUAAGUUCUGCCCGGGCUGCAAGAACCCAGCGGACGUCUGCCAGCCAGUUGCGAAGGUGGACGCUGGACCGCACAAGGUCGGGGCGAAGGUGGAGCCCCGCACCUGGGAGGGCGACGGCGACGUCUUCGUCGAGAUCAUGGAGCUCUUAGUGGUGGGGUGA